AUGGCUACUCCUACUGUACUUACUUUCGAUGCUGAGGACCGUCCAGUGAAGUUCGAAACCUGGCUCGAUGACCUCCACCUCUUUCUACAGCUCACUGCUAAGGAGGACGUUUCACUGUACGAUCACGCCCUAGGCAACGCUACUGCCCCUCCUACCACUGCUGACAGCACUCAGCGCUCACAGUGGCAGACUCGUGACGCCCACGCUCGCUUCGCUAUUCGUAACUCCCUACCGAUCGACGAGCGCGAGCACUUUGGCCAGCACAAAACUGCUAAGGACCUGUACACUGCUGUAGUCGCUCGCUACUCCUCCCCCGCUUCUGCCACACUAGGCCGCCUCACUCUCCCCUACCUGUUCCCCGACCUGGCCUCCUUUCAGACAGUUGCUGACCUCAUCACCCACCUUAAGACCAGUGAGGCCCGCUUUCGCGCUGCUAUGCCUGACGAGUUCCUCACCAGCAACCCCCCCCCGCUCUGGAUCACUCUCUACCACAUAGUCACCCGCCUCCCCGACUCCCUGCGCACAGUCAGGGACCACUUCCUCUCUCGCUCCCCCCAUGAACUCACCAUUGCCCUCCUCGAGAAGGAACUGCUUGCAGCUGAGGCGAGCAUCGUCGCUGUAGGCACCUCUCGUGGCGACCCCCGCACCCCGUUCUUUGAGGGGUGUUCCCCUUCCCCUCUCCUCCCCUCUGUCGCCUCUGCUGCUGCUGUCGACCUCCUUGGUGCUGGGAAGGUCGGGGCCGCGUCUGCUUCGAGCGGGCGCCGCAAGAGCAAAGGGGGCAAGGGUGGAGGUGGCGGCGGAGAGGUGGGGGGUGGAGGCGGUGGGAGUGGAGGAGCGGCUGGGGAGGCUAGUGGCGGCAGUGGGGGUGGUGACAGCAGCGGCGGGAGUGGCGGCAGGGGUGGAGGCGGCAGCGGAGGCGGAGGUGGUCGUGGCAGCGGCAGGGGUGGAGGUGGCCGAGGCGGUGGCGGCGGCAGUGGUGGUCGUGGAGGCGCUGGCGGUGGCCAGAGUCAGCAGCCCGCCCCGUCGCUUCAGGCCGCCCGUGAGUGGUAUGCGCAGCGUGGCUUUACCUGCACGUACGUCAUUCGCACUGGUGACCGCACUGGCCAGCAGUGUGGGAGGCCGCAUCCCACACAGCGCUGUUUCGCGCGCCUUACUGACGCGUGGCGUGCCCAGUUUCCUGAUGCCACUGACCUGCCCCGCUGGGCUGAUCUGGAGAAGAAGGGAGUUGAUAUCUGGGCUUUAGACUUUGAUGCUAUUCUUACUGCCAUGUAUGCGAUGUUUACUAGUGGAGAGGGUGCUCAGUACUUGCGUGUUCCGCCCGACCCGGGCAUUCAGACCAGUCCGGCUGCCGCUCUAGGUGCUAGUGAGUCUGCUGCCCCAGGUCCUGGUGAGGCUGCUGCUCUAGGUGCUAGUGAGUCCGUGCCCUCUGGUACUGAGUCGACUGCAGCACUGCACACCUUCACACUGGACUCAGGCGCUUCUCGCUGUUUCUUUCGUGACCGCACUGUCCUUGAGCCGCUUGCUCGGCCAGUUGCUGUCUCCCUCGCUGACCCCUCUGGGGGUCCGGUCGUUGCGACCUCCUCCACUGUCCUUCCUUGUCCUGCGGUCCCGUCAGGCACACUGUCAGGUCUCUACCUCCCCUCGUUCUCUACGAACUUGGUGGCAGGUAGUGCGCUCCAGGACGGGGGUGUUCACCAGUUCACCCCUGCUUACGAGCGCGUGACCCACUGCACGUGUGCUCGGACGGGCCGUCACCUGGCUACCUUCACUCGGCAGCCGGGGUCGGACCUGUACACACUGACCACUGAGUCCCCUCAGGUAGCUGCGUCCGCGUCUGCGUCUGCGUCAGGUCAGCUGUCCGCCCCCUGCUCGUGUCGCUCUCUGGCGCAUGAGACUGUCCUCUGGCACCACCGCCUUGGUCACCCGUCUGUGCAGCGCCUUCGGGCCAUGCACAAACGGGACCUUGUUGCUGGUCUUCCCAGGGUUCUCCCUCCCCUCCCACCCUCGCCUGCUCCUUCCUGUCUUCCCUGUGUCGAGGGGCGGCAGCGCGCCGCUCCUCACUCCUCCUCCUUCCCCCCGACGACUGCUCCUUUGCAGACGCUCCACAUGGACGUGUGGGGCCCAGCCCGAGUCCGUGGUCAGGGUCACGAGAGGUACUUCCUGAUUGUUGUUGACGACUUCUCGCGCUACACCACGGUCUUCCCCUUGCGCACCAAGGGUGACGUCCCUGAUGUCUUGAUCCCUUGGAUCCGCAGAUCUCGUCUCCAGCUCAGUGAGCGUUUCCGCUCCGACUUCCCUGUCCUGCGUCUGCACUCUGACAGAGGUGGGGAGUUUUCCUCUGGCCUCUUGGAGGCCUUCUGUCAGCAGGAGGGCAUUGAGCAGUCGUUCACGCUUCCGGCCUCUCCACAGCAGAAUGGGGUUGCUGAGCGCCGCAUUGGCUUGGUCAUGGAGGUCGCUCGUACCUCCUUGGUUCAUGCGGCUGCCCCCCACUUUCUGUGGCCGUUUGCAGUCCGAUACGCUGCGCAUCAGCUCAACCUCUGGCCCCGUGUCUCCUUACCGGAGACUUCUCCGACACUGCGUUGGACGGGAGAGGCUGGCGAUGCGUCGCGUUUUCGGGUCUGGGGAUCUCGAGCUUUUGUUCGCGAUACGUCCGCGGACAAGCUCUCCCGUCGAGCUGUCCCCUGUGUCUUCCUUGGCUUUGUCCCGGACGCGCCUGGUUGGCAGUUCUACCACGCCACCUCGCGUCGUGUCCUGGCCUCUCAGGACGUCACUUUUGACGAGUCCGUCCCCUACUACCGCCUCUUCCCCUACCGCACUGCCCCGCUCCCCCCCCCGCCUCUCUUCCUCGCUCCAGGUGCUGAGGUACCAGACCCCCUCCCCCCUCAGGGUGCCGCUCCCUCAGGUGUGUCCCAGGUAGACCCGGUUGAGCCUGUCGAGGUAGCUGUUGACUCUCGUCCUGCUGGGGGUGCUGAGCCUGACCGUGAGGAGUCUGGGGGUGCUGGGCCUGGGGGUGCGGAGCCUGGGGGUGCGGAGCCUGGGGGUGCGGAGCCUGGGGGUGCUGAGCCUGGGGGUGCGGAGCCUGGGGGUGCGGAGCCUGGGGGUGCUGAGCCUGGAGGUGCGGAGUCUGGGGGUGCUGAGCCUGGGGGUGCUGAGUCUGGGGGUGCUGAGUCUGGGGGUGCUGAGCCUGAGCGUGCUACACCUGGAGGAGCCCUCUCCUCCCGGCAGCUGCAGGAGCGGUACCUACAGUACUGCCGCCUCCGGAGAGGUGCUACUGGAGCUCGUACCAGUACUUCCCCUCCUGCCCAGGAGCUCCCCCCCAUUCAGCAGAUCCGAGAGUGGUACACGCGGCGCUGCAGUCUUCGGAGUGGUGCUCCUGGUGCUGCGGACCCUGAGGGUGGCGCUGCUACUGGUGCUGAGGACCCGGGCGUUGGAGCUGCUGCUGGUGCUGCGGACCCGAGCGGUGGCGCUGCUGCUGGUGCUGAGGACCCGGGCGUUGGAGCUACUGCUGGAGCUGAGGACCCGGACGGUGGAGCUGCUGCUGGUGCUGAGGACCCGAGCGGUGGAGCUGCUGCUGGUGCUGAGGACCCGGACGUUGGAGCUGCUGCUGGUGCUGAGGACCCUGCCGCUGGUGUCUCUGCUGGUUCUGGAGACGCUACGCGGCCGCGACCGUACUUCGUACCACUUCUUCAGCAGGUUCUUGGUCAGGCUCCUCCUCCUUGUCCUCCUCCCUCCGUAGAGUGUCCUCCGCCUGUCCAGUCGCAGUCACAGUUCCCGCCUGCCUCGCCUCUCCCUAGUCCCUCUCCUUACACUGGUCCCACAGGAGGUCUUACAGAGCGUCGUGAGCCUGAGUCUCGUCCUGCGUCGCCUGUUCGUACUGCUCGCACUGGUCGUCGUGUCCCACGUGAGCGUCCUCCUCCUGUCCCUGGCACUCACUACAUGACUCUGCGUCCCUCCACUGCUCCUCAGCGUGUUCCGCUGCCGUCUCCUCCUGCGUCCUCUCUGCCUACUCUUCCUGAUUCGGAGUCUGACUCCCGUCGUGCUGCCAGUCCCACUGUCACCCGUCUCCUCGCUACUGUUGUCACUGACCCUACCUUUGAGUCCUCUGCUGCGUCUGCUCUGGUCGCUGAGUUGAUAGACUUUGCUGCCCGGUGUCGUCUAGACUACGCCACUAGCCUUGUUGCUGAGUCUGAGUCUGAGUCUGUCUGUCCUCCGUCCGUCGGGGGUGAGUGUGCUCUUGGCACGGACGUCCUUGAGGACAGACAGGAGGAGUUCCAGUGCUUUGCUGCUGCUUUACCCCACCUCGUGUCCAUGCUAGUUGCCCCUGAGGGAGACCCGGAUGCACCAGACAUCCCGACCCCGCGCACUUACGCUGAGGCGAUGGCGGGUCCCUACUCCUCUCAGUGGCAGACAGCCAUGGACGCAGAGAUGGCUUCUUGGAAGUCCACAGGCACCUACGUUGACGAGGUUCCCCCACCUGGGGCGAACAUCGUCAGUGGCAUGUGGAUUUUAAGGGUGAAGCGGCCACCGGGUUCUCCUCCUGUCUUCAAGGCGCGCUACGUGGCUCGAGGCUUCAGUCAGCGAGAGGGAGUUGACUUCUUUCAGACCUUCUCCCCCACCCCGAAGAUGACCACUCUUCGGGUGCUGCUGCACAUAGCCGCUCAGCGCGACUACGAGCUUCACUCACUUGACUUCAGCACUGCUUUCUUGCAGGGCAGCCUGCACGAGGAGAUCUGGCUGCGCCGCCCUCCUGGCUUCACUGGGUCGGUUCCUCCUGGUACCCAGUGGAGGCUUCAGCGGCCGGUCUACGGUCUCCGCCAGGCACCGCGUGAGUGGCACGACACACUGAGGACGACACUUGCGGCUCUUGGGUUCGCUCCCUCUACUGCUGACCCGUCACUGUUUCUACGCACAGACACCUCACUGUUGCCAUUCUACAUCCUCGUGUACGUCGACGACUUGGUCUUUGCCACUGCUGACACCGCGGCACUCGCCCACGUGAAGUCGGAGCUGCAGAGGAGACACACGUGCAUAGACCUAGAGCCGAGUGGCCCGUAUCCAGAGCUUGUGGGCUGCCUCAUGUACCUGAUGACCUGCACUCGACCUGACCUUGCAUACCCUCUUAGCAUCCUUGCACGCUAUGUCGCUCCUGGCCGUCACAGGAAGGAGCACAUGGAUGCCGCUAAGAGGGUAUUGCGCUACUUGUGCAGUACGUCGGGCAUGGGGCUAGUGCUUGGAGGGCGAGACCGAGUUGUACUUACUGGACACUCAGACGCUUCUUGGGCGGACGACCAGGCUACUCAGCGGUCGUCUCAGGGUUACACCUUCAGCCUUGGCUCCGGCUCAGUUUCUUGGCGUUCUACACGCUCUUCUUCUGUUCUCAGCUCCAGUUGUGAGGCUGAGAUCUACGCCACAGCCAUGGCUGCCCAGGAGCUACGCUGGCUGACCUACCUGCUGACCGACUUGGGAGAGCGGCCUCGUUCUCCUCCAGUGCUGUACGUCGACAACCAGGCUGCCAUUGCCUUGUGUGAGGAGCACAGACUGGAGCACAGAACGAAGCACAUCGCCCUGCAGUACUUCCUUGCUCGAGAGCUGCAGCAGCGUGGUCAGCUUCGUCUGCGUUACGUGGCCACUGAGGCCAACCUUGCUGAUGUGUUCACCAAGGCGCUUCAGCCUUGUGACCAUCAGCGUUUCUGUACUCUUCUAGGCCUUGUGCCUGCUGGACCUCACUUGCUUACUUCUUGA